UCUGCUCUCAGCGAACGCAGUUAGUUCAUUUUAAACCAUCGGGUUGUGCAGUUAACUGGGAAAUUUAAAAUUUAAUAAUGGCGUCAGUUUCGACGUUAGUACAGCCGUCGGGAGAAAUGUGGGAGAAGAUUCGGGUAGAAUUGAAUGAAGAUGUCAAAACUAGGGAUAGAGACUUGCAGCAUAUAAAGGAAUGGUUGAGGAAGCAGCCGCAUUUGCCAGAUGAAUGGGAUGAAGGUCGUAUAAUGACAUUUCUGAGAGGCUGCAGCUUUUCUUUGGAAAAAUGCAAGAGAAAAUUGGACAUGUACUUCACCAUGAGAGCCGCUUGUCCCGAGUUCUUCACCAAUAGGGACGUGAAGCGACCAGAAUUAGUGGACCUUAUGUUGAGAGCGCAAGGUCCGCCCCUGCCAGGGUUGACACCUAAUGGACGCCGCGUGACUAUUUGCAGAGGUCUGGAUAAGAACUUAGACACAAACCAGAUAAUCGAUGCCUUUAAAAUCGCUCUAAUGAUUGGAGAUGUAAGGCUCAGAGAGGAGAAAGAGGGUGUUGGUGGUGACAUCUAUAUUCUAGACGCUUCUAUCGUCACGCCAAGCCAUUUGGGCAAGAUCUCCCCGUCUGCUGUGAAGAAGUUCCUUAUUUGUGUGCAGGAAGCAUACCCAGUAAAGCUGAAACAAGUACACGUCAUCAACACGUCACCAGUUAUUGAGAAGAUUGUAAACUUUGUUAAACCCUUCCUGAAAGAAAAAAUUAAGAACAGGAUAUACAUCCAUUCCGACAUCAAUGAGCUAUACAACUACGUGCCCAAAGAAAUGCUUCCUGAAGAAUACGGUGGUAAUUGUGGAUCACUCACGGAUAUUAACGAGGCAUGGAUGAAGAAACUAGAAGAAUACACAGAAUGGUUUAAAAACGAGGAAUCCGUAAAAGCCAAUGAAGCCCUUCGGCCCGGAAAACCUACUAAUUACGACGAACUUUUCGGCAUCGAUGGGUCUUUUAGACAACUAUCUAUAGACUAAAAAUAUAUUAUAAGUUUAUAGCUUUACCAUGACAUUAAAUUUAUUUUUUUUAUAGGAUCUUUCAAUAUUAUUCGUAUUUUUAUAUAAAAUUGUCUAAUUGCAUAAAAGCCUUCCGCACUUUGAAAAAUAUUAUGUUCAGAAACAGUCUUUUCAUU